AUGGGAGCUGCAAUGCAUGUGCGGCACCCAUCGCUGCCCCGACAAGACGACGCCGUGGCAUGGGAGUUGCAGCGCUUGGAACGGGAUGAGUCGGACGCCUUCAGCCGCCUCAGAUCCUCACUCCCCCCCAGCUACAGUCUCUUGCCGCCCGCUUCCCAUCCCUUGCCGCCCAUGGCACUGCGGGCCAUUCAGAUACUGCCACGUGGCAUGUCUGUGGACACCUCCGCACCAACCCCAGAAAGCGUGGAUCAGAUCUUGAGUCAUGCUCUUUCUGCUCCUUUCAUCCCCUUGCUUCCACCCACCAGCUAUUUGGACCACAUACAAGCACUGCUAACCGGUGACCACCUGAAGGCGAAGCUUCUGUUUGCACUCCUCACGCUCAGCCCCGUGCAUGGCCAGGCAGACAAUUUCACCAUUCCCACACCCACCAGCUAUCUAGACGACAUCCAGCCGCUGCUAACCAGUGACCACCUCAAGGCAAAGCUGCUAUUUGCGCGCCUCACGCUCAGCCUGGUGCACGGCCAAGCGGAUGCUGCCCUCCUCCUCGCCUUCCUCUCUCUCAUCCAAAACGGUCCUUACGGUGUCUUCCCCACUGCAAGGUAUAAGCAAGAGAUUCAUCUGCAGCAGCAGGAAUAG